GUAAAAUGUGAAUCGAUUAUACAUUCGGAAGGCAACCUUUACUGUGAUGUCAAGGAUAGGAGGGGUGGUCUGAUCUGUAGCGACAGGCUAAAGCUUUCAACAUCCAUUAUUCAUCGGAUGAACUCCGGCAAAGGUCCACCAGGUCCUCGUGAUGACCCUACUGUCGACUGUCCACUGAGCCUCAGCUGAUCAUCAAGGGGCCGCACCGCUCGCCGUGCUCCCCGAACACAUCUCAGCUGCAUCAUGGGGGACAUAGUCCAGAUGCACUUCGGCACGGUGGAUUAUGUGAUUUUCGCCUUGCUGCUGGUGUGCUCCACAGGAAUCGGGCUUUAUUAUGCCUUCUCAGGGGGUCGCCAGAGGACCACGCAAGAGUUCCUGCUGGCCGAUCGCAGCAUGAGCUGCCUGCCGGUGUCACUGUCGCUGCUGGCCACUUUUCAGUCUGCGGUGGCUAUUCUGGGUGCCCCGUCUGAGAUUUACACGCAUGGCACGCAGUACUGGUUCCUGGGCUGCUCGUACUUCCUGGGUCUGCUUAUCCCAGCACACGUCUUCAUACCAGUAUUCUAUAGACUCCGCCUCAGUAGUGCCUAUGAGUAUCUGGAACUUCGUUUUAGUAAAAGUGUUCGGAUAUGUGGCACAGUGACCUUCAUCUUUCAGAUGGUGAUCUACAUGGGAGUUGUUCUGUAUGCUCCAGCACUUGCACUCAAUGCUGUUACUGGUUUGGAUCUUUGGGGGGCAGUGAUGGCGAUGGGAUUGGUGUGCACGCUUUAUACAACAUUAGGUGGUCUGAAAGCAGUCAUCUGGACAGAUGUGUUUCAGACGAUUGUGAUGUUUGCAGGGCAGCUGGCAGUGAUCGUGGUGGGCACUCAACAGGCAGGUGGCAUCGCUGAAGUGUGGAGAAAAGCACAAAAUGGCAGUCGCAUCUCAGGGCUGAACCUCAAUCCUGACCCUUUAGAGAGACACACAUUCUGGACUCUAGGAGUAGGGGGCGUUUUCCUCAUGCUGGCCCUGUAUGGAGUGAAUCAGGCCCAGGUCCAGAGAUACCUCAGCUCCCGCACAGAGAAAGAGGCCAUUAUGUCCUGCUAUGUUGUGUUUCCAUGCCAACAGAUCGUGCUCUCGUUGGGCUGUUUAAUGGGUCUGGUUAUGUACGCUCGCUACGGGGAGGACAGCCCUCUGGAUAAAGGCUACGUCACAACUAAUGACCAGAUGGUGCUGUACUUUGUGAUGGAUGUGUUAAGAGAUCUUCCUGGUUUGCCAGGACUGUUUGUCGCCUGCCUGUUCAGUGGAGCUCUCAGUACAAUCUCAUCUGCCUUUAACUCACUGGCAACGGUAACCAUGGAGGACCUGAUCAAACCUCACGUCCCAGCCAUGACUGAGGCCCGUGCCACCAUGUUAUCAAAACUUUUGGCUCUCGGCUAUGGGCUUGUGUGUCUUGCUAUGGCGUACGUCGCUUCUUUAAUGGGCUCUGUGCUGCAGGCAGCACUCAGUAUAUUUGGGAUGGUGGGGGGACCUCUUCUGGGGGUAUUCUGUCUCGGGAUGUUCUUUCCAUGUGCCAAUUCAACCGGUGCUCUGGUUGGGCUGGCCGCCGGGCUGGUCAUGGCUUUCUGGAUCGGCAUUGGAAGCUUUGUUUCACGAAUGCCCACAUCUCUAGCGCCUGUGAUAAACGGCACUGUCCUUCCUGACAUGGGAAACAUUACAACUGCUGUUAUGACGACACUCAUCACAGCUAAACCUAGGCCCUCUGGUGUUCAAGCUCUGUACUCAUUAUCAUACAUGUGGUACAGUGCUCAUAAUUCUGCCACUGUUGUGGUGGUGGGACUAUUGGUCAGCUUUCUCACAGGUCCCUGGAAGGAGAAACAGUUAAACCCAGGCACAAUUUACCCUGUGUUGGGCAAUCUGCUGUUCUUUCUUCCCGAGCGCUACAAAGAGAAGCUCUGCUGUGUUACACCACUGGGGAACAAGUGUAAAGACCUGGACCUACAGCCUUACCAGAUGGCACAGAAAGAGAACAAUGGUGUUGGCCACACUAAAGACGAAGACAAGCUCAGGGAGGAGGAGGACGAACAAGCGACCGUCCAUCCUACAUGCAACAUCGUCAAUACGGUGCAGGAAACGGCCUUGUAACAACAUCACAUCAAAGUACAAAAGAGCUAUUGGGGAAAUAGAAUUACGGUAUGUGUUGUGGGGUCAUUAAAAGGCCCCUCUGCAAUAUUGGUACACUGUGCCCCAAACUGCCAACAAUAGAGGUGAUUAGAUGUUUUUAUGGUGUCACUAGUCUGUGUCAUAGGUUAAACUGAUCUUUUGAACCUAGUUUACAUGGCAUUAAUUUAAUCUCACGAUGACGAUAAACGCACAUGCACAAGUCAAAACAAGCACUCUGGAAGUGGAGUUUGGGAUGGGUGGGUUACUGCAAGACAGACAACCGUUUGCACAAUUCCUCAAACUUUGACAGAUGGCUGUUGCUUAAAGUUAGUGCCAUUUCGCCAUGUUUGUGGUCUGUCUAUCUCUAAAAUUAUUUUUUUUCCCCCCUAAAGUUGGUAACCGCUAGCCUUUCUUUAACUGUAAGGAUUUGAAAACUUUACAGGUUAAUGUGUUCGUUCAUGAAACCAAGCUCAAAUUUUACAGCAAAUGAAGAAUUGCCAAUAGUAAAUGGUAAACUUUCAGCUUGACGUUCAUGAAGAGACCUUCAGCAAUGAAGAAGUGUCAUAACUGUGAGAUACUGUGGUGAAUCUAAUGCAUGUCAGAUCUAUAAUUCCCUCUCUUAACUCUCAUUGAAGCCCAUUGUUCGUCGUAAGUGCCUCUUCACAUGAAUGUAUGAUGUAGUUUUGUGUCUGUGGUUUGUCGUUUCUUAGCUCAACUCCACUGACUGAACCAUUAGAUUGAAAUAAUGCACUGCGUUUUAAAACUGGAUUGCUGUCCGCAUCUCAGAAAGUCUUUUAUUUAAGAUCAAAUAUGAAUUUAAUGUAAUUAGAAAAGAAUCAAGUGUAGAAAUGUAAUUUAUGGUGUAGAAUGUUCAAUGGAAGUUAUAAUAUAGUUUUUAUAUUUGAUACAGAUACUAGAUCUAAAGAUGCUUGUAAUAGUAUCAAGAAUAGAACUGAGUAACUAUCAUUUUGAAUGGUUUAAGUCGUGUUUUGUUUGAUUUGUUCCAUUUCUUGAUGUUAGAGUAAUGAUUUGCUCUCUAGUCAAAAUUCGGACCUCAGUCCAAGUCGUACCAUUUGCAGAUGCUAUAGACAUUUGUGGGAUUGUGCCUGUGAAUGAAAGCUUUUUCUGAUCAUCUCAAUCCACAACAGCACAAACAGUAUUUUUUAAUUUAUUUGGCUUAACAAUAUGCCUUGUUUGUUGUCCUGCAUUCGCUUAUUGUCAGUGCUUUAUGUACGUCGGGUGACAUUUUAGUUUUUCAUUUUUCGCCAGUGAUAUUCAUUAACAGUAGUGUCAUCAUGUGGGGAAUAUGAAGAGGCCGUUCACACAGCCAACGGAUUUACAUACUGUACACCUACUCAAUUUUGGUCAUUGUUGCAUGAGCAAGGUAGGGGUGACUCAUCCAAAUGGACAGUCUUUCUCUUUCGGGUAAAUGGAUGUGAAUCGUCACUGUCCAAAUUUUCACCACUUUUUAAGAAAUCGAAAAAACGCUGUCCUUUUAAAACGAUUACAUACUGUGUUGUCAAAGUUGACAAGCACAUUUUAUUGGUGAGAUAUUUGCAAAACCCCAUGACAAACAUAAUGGGUGACUUAUAAUAAUGAUUUCGGGAAAAAAUUAAAACCACGAAAUAUGGAGAUAUAAGGAUUUAGAAUGAGAGCAGCGAAAUAUACAUAUUGAUAACUUUUGCACUAUACAGAUUUUUGUCCAAUCAUAAGCAUUCUAGAAUAGAGAUGUCCAUCCCCUUAAUAAUGGCUGCAACUGCACAUAUGGUGUGAUGUCGCUCGAAGUCUAUUGGCUAUUUUACACUAUUUGACAAGCCUUUGCGAUAAUGAAGAAAAAUGCGAUAUAGGAUGGGUUGCUUGAUAACGCGAUACGAUAAAACUUCUGACAAAAUAAAGCCUGUAGAUUCAAUAUAAAAAAAAGUUAAGCGGAAAAUAACCAACAAAAAUGUUUCACAUUAGUUCUUAUUAUUGAUCAUCUUCCACACACCAGACACAGUCACUCUGCUUCAGCUUGAAACGAAGUUAAACGUGUUCUUUUAAUUUAGUUAAUGCAAACUAUGCAUGUUUGAUAUUUUGAUCGAUUCGAUAUGUUGUGGAGUCCUGUAUGGAAACAUUGCCUUUCAAUGGGAUAUAUUUCAACACAAGGAAGAAAACUAGCACAACAACUGUUUUGAAAUCAAAUACAAAUCCGGUGUGAGCGGCCUCAGUCAUUCGAAGCAAACUCUUCAUUUCAUGUGUUUUAUGUCUUUAGAUGUACAGUAUAUUGUCUGGGAUGAAAUGACUAUGAGAACAAUUUUGAGACUAUCAGUAUUAGAUGAAAACUGGACAUUUGUUGGCCUAGUAGAUCUAAACGAAAAAAAGCCUUUUUUAACUUUUAUUAAACUCUCAUUUAAGGUCAUUCUGUAUUUUCUUAAACAAGACGACACUAAUUCCUAGUCAUACCAAUUUGGUUUAUUGAUGCAAGUCUUGCAAUAGAUUUCUGCAAGAAAUAACACUUUCAGCUUUGAUUUUGGUUACUUGACCAUUCCAGUCACCAAGGGUCCAUCACAAUGGCCCUGUUACUGUCAAAUGUGAUCAUUUCUCAUUCGCUCUGUUCUCAUGGAUAUGUAGUAUUGUUUUUACCAUCAUUACUGUCAUGUGUCUUAUGCAGAUGGUAUGUCAUACCAGAAAUGACUUGAAUUAUGUGUGCCAAAGGCUUAACUUGCACACCUGAAUUUGUCAUUCAAACACAGUAGUGCACAGUAUCGCACAUUUAUAUGUCACACUAAGAAAUUAUACAAAAUGUGAGUUUUAGAACCAGGAUUAAGAACCACUGCCAUAAAGCACAGUGUUACAGCAUAAACAUUUCAUCUGUGCUGUGUCUUUAUUUCUCUUUGGAGAAAUUUGUCCCCUGCGGGUGACGAAUGAAGUAACUCUAUUGCCACAUUGUACGUAAAAACUGACAAAAGUGCUGUUGCACAGAAGACCUAAGCAGGGUGAAACCGUUAUCAAUGGGCUAUUUGCCAGAGUGACUUCCGCGUUGCACAGCUUUAAGUCUCCCCAACCGGAAACUGCCUAGGGUUCUUCCUGUGAAGUCACGCAUGUAUAGAGCCCAUUGUGCUGUCCUACAAUCUUACUAAACUGUGUGAACCUGAGAGAAUCAAUCUCUGGGGAAUUCUGUGAGCUUCACUGUGAAAAUAGUUUUCUAUGACAUAAAAAAUACUCAUUUUAUAUGAAGAGAAUACAUAGCUUGUGCAACCAAAAUAAAUAUUUUGAUACAUAAUAUUUAUAUAAAUAUUAUGAGAAUAUUUAUUUUUUUAUCAAAGUUUUAUUUGACCAAAUAUGCAUUCCAAAUGUACCACAAGCAAUGGAGUCUGACCAGCUUCAUUGCUUUGGGCGUGCCUUCGCUGUGUCUCUUUAUUUGAUUGGUUCGCGAAAGUUCUCGCCAAGAACUUUCCACUGUGAGAAAAGAGGCAGUUGUAAUGGUCUGCUGAGCGUCUAUAGCGAUGAUGUGUAUAAAUGAAUGCAGAAUAAAGGAACAGUUGUUCCUAGCUACACUACUGGGCAUUACUUGUAAUCCUGAACACACAUUAUUCCUCUCAAUAUAUUGUUUGUAAUAAGAAAUAAAUAUACAUUUGUCUUGAUAGAAAUAAAAAUGUCUUCCUGACUGUA